AUGAAUGAUGAACCAAUUGGUUCAAAUAGUGACUCUAAAAAUGAUUUUGAGGUUGAGGCUAUAAAAGACCAUAAUAUAAUGUCUUCUGAAAUCUUGAAUAAUAUAAUUGAACAAUUGAAAGAAGAAAUCAAAAAUGAUAAAUAUAGUAAGGUUAAGAAGGCUCACCUCUACACAAUGCUGUCUUAUUUAUAUCUUGUAAAACAUGGCCAACAAAGAGUUGAAGCAAGCAUCAUUGUAGCGGAAGCAGCUGAAAAAG